GGGGCCAAUCUGAGAUUUUAAAUUUUAGAGGGGUCGUUGACCAAUUAGCCUCUUAUAUAAAAUCCAAAACCUGAAUGACCGACCCCCAACAAGGAGCUGCUGCUAGGGUUUCUGUCCGUCUAUUUCGGCAACGCUCAAGUUUGUGAUUUUACAGCUUGAUUCGAAGAAUGUCUCGUGUGUACGUCGGAAACUUGAGUCCUCGAGUGUCCGAGGGAGAGCUCGAAGACGAGUUUCGUGUUUUUGGAAAUAUUAGAAGCGUGUGGGUUGCUCGGAGACCACCGGGUUACGCUUUUGUUGACUUCGAUGACAGUAGAGAUGCAGAGGAUGCAAUCCGUGAAUUAGAUGGUAAGAAUAACUGGAGAGUUGAGCUUUCACACAACUCUAGAGGUGGUGGUGGUGGUGGUGGUGGUGGUGGUCGUGGUGGAGGUGGUCGUGGCCGCUCUGGCGGUUCUGAUUUGAAGUGCUAUGAGUGUGGUGAGCCUGGCCAUUUUGCUCGUGAAUGUCGUCUACGUGGUGGUGGUGGUGGAGGUGGUGGUGGAAGGCGUCGUAGCCGCACUCCCCCUCGCUAUCGCAGAAGUCCUAGUUAUGGUCGCAGGAGCUACAGUCCUCGUGGGAGAUCCCCUAGACGUCGCAGUUUGACACCACGAGGGAAUAGCCGCAGCAGGUCCCCACCAUACCGUGGGCGGGAGGAGUUGCCAUAUGCCAAUGGCAAUGGUCUAAAGGAUCGCCGCCGAAGCAGGAGUUAAGGAGUGCAUGGAUGGCUAGCCGGUGUUGUUUAAGAAGAUAUACUGGGAUUAAGUGUUGUUUAGUGUGCUUGGACAUCAGGACAACUAUGUUUAAAUUUGGGGACGCCCUCAGCCUCUACUGUCUCUCUGAUUUGGUUAAGUUCCUUCCUUUCUUAACUCUAGCUCGUUUUAUUUACCUUUGCAAAAUAGGCGUAGGGAUAAGGAUCUUAAAGGUAAAGUCUUAAACAUUAUAACUUUGUUUAAGAGUGUUUCUGAGAAUGCUGCUAAAACUCUAUGCUUUUUCUGUGCUUUUUGUGUUGAGGUGUCGUCUGGUUCUUCUGCUUCAUUGGUUUUGUUCUUCUGCACUCCCUGGCCCCUGGGAUUUUUGUGCUUCACUACUGCCCUGCUCUGGGAUCUUCAAUUUUGCAUGGUUGUUGGUCCCAGCCGGCUAGAGCUUCAAUUUUGUGUUUCUGCACUCUCCCGGGGAUUUCUUCACUGCCCUGCUAGUGGGAUCUUCAAUUUUGAAUGGUUGUGGGUCCCGGCCUGCUAUCUGCAGAGCUUCUAUUUUCCUUGAACUUCGUCGGUAGCUAUGCGCCUCUCUCAAACUACUGUAAUGCAUUGGUUUAAACUAUUACUUAAAAGGAUCGAGCAGCAGGGUACGCGCCGAAUGUUUGUGCAGGUACUCACAUCUGUUCUUCAGAACUUGGGUUGUUCAUAAACGAUAGAGUUGUUUAUGCAGGUACUCUAAUAUAUAAAUGAGUUCGUUGCGUGUGCUACAUGAUUCUACUUUUUAGAGAUUUGGUAGUGACAGUAGUUUCUUAGUCCCAAAGCUCCCAUAUUCUGGGAUUUGAUCUUCAA